UUCCAAGCAACAAAUUUGUUUUUAGUGUCAACGAGCUGUACAAAUUUUCUGUAAAUAUGUUUGAGUGUUCCAUUCGCUUGGUCAACAUGGUGCUGCAGAUCUUCACGGCGGUGGCUGAUAUUGUGGCGCUGGUCUACCUAAUCAUGGUGAUCUACACGCCCUGUGUGCUGGGCAGCGAGUACUAUAUCUCCGUGAUGCUAUACGUCUACUUUCUGCCAGUCAUCACCAUUCAGACUGUGGUCUUCGUCCUGUGUCGUUUGUUCUGCUUCACCGUAGGACUUGAUCCAAUUGCGAUGACGUUUAAUCUAGCCAGCGGCAUCGUGUGCAUUUCCACCUCUAUGACCAUGCUCGUGGCAAUGUUUGAUCACUGUGGCAACGAGUACCAGUACAUGUUCUAUGUGUCCGGAGGAUGCGGCCUUCUGGCUGGAAUUCUACAUUUGGUGAAUGCUCUCGUCUGCAACAUCUACAUGCCUCCCGAGGAAUGGACCUACACGAAGCCCUCGAAACGAGCCAGAAAUAGGCUUGAAAGGGCAAGGUUGACAUCGAUAUUGUGAUGAGAACAAGAGGCAACAACAAAUGGGAAAUAAGUGGAAAAAUCGUGGAAACGUCUCUUGAGUUUUUUUAUACAAAAUAAUUUCUGGGAAAAUGGUUUAAAAUAUGAGAUUUCUAUGCAGAGAAAUUGCUUUUCCUAAUAUAAAUAUAACAAUGGCGUAGAAAAA